AUGCCUCGUCCAACAACCCGUCAAGACGUGCUGGCUCGACUCCGCCAGACCAUCGCCGAGGGCUCGAUCAUCGUCGGCGCUGGAGCUGGGAUCGGCCUCUCAGCCAAAUUCAUCGAAAAAGGCGGCGCAGAUCUGAUUCUCGUCUACAAUUCGGGCCGGUUCCGGAUGGCCGGGCGAGGGUCGCUGGCAGGCAUGAUGCCAUACUCGGAUGCCAACCAGGUCGUCGUCGAGAUGGCCACCGAAGUCCUCCCCGUGGUGGAGCACACCCCCGUCCUCGCCGGCGUAUGCGGGACAGACCCCUUCCGCAGCAUGUCCUCGUUCCUGCACCAGCUCCGCGCGCUCGGCUUCGUCGGCGUGCAGAAUUUCCCGACGGUCGGCCUGAUCGACGGGAGAUUCAGGCAGAAUCUCGAGGAGACGGGGAUGGGCUACGACAAGGAGGUGGAGAUGAUCCGCCUCGCGCACGACAUGGACCUCGUCACGACGCCGUAUGUCUUUACCGUCGAUGAGGGGGAGCGCAUGGCGCGCGCGGGGGCGGACGUCAUCGUCGUGCAUGUCGGGCUGACGACCUCGGGGACUAUUGGGGCGCAGACGGCGCUGUCGCUGGAUGAUUGUGUCGGUGUCAUCCAGGAGAUCCGGGAUGCGGUCGUCAGGGUCAAUCCCGAGGUGAUUGUGUUGUGCCAUGGGGGGCCGCUGGCGGGCCCGGAGGACGCAGAGUAUGUGCUCGGUCGGACGCGAGGCGUGCAUGGGUUCUUUGGUGCGAGUAGUAUGGAGAGGCUACCGGUUGAGCUGGCGAUUCAGGAGAAUGCGCAGGCAUUUAAGCGGUUGAAGAUCAGCCAGUCAUAUAACAAUGUCGCGACCUUUGGAGGGGAAAUUCGGUAUCGUCACUGGGGGCUCGCGGGGUAUGUCUACAGCAUCUACACCUACACCACGACGCUGUCGCAGCUAACGAAACCAGGCAUUGGCGAAGCAAUCGCCCGCAACCUCGCCGCAAAAGGCUGCUCGCUCCUCCUCAACUUCACCUCCGAAUCCUCGCGCGCUCGCACAGAGGACCUCUGCGCCUCGCUGGCCUCCACCCACUUUAUCCGCUGCGUCGCCGUCCAGGCCGACCUCCUCCACGCCGAAGAGGCCGUCCCCCAGAUCCUCGCCGCCGCCAAACAACACUUCACCUCGCCCGAGGGCAGAUUCCAGAUCGACGUCCUCAUCAACAACGCCGGCGUCAGCGCGGACCGCUUCCUCAACGAUCCGGCCAAGGGCCCCAUCGACCGCGAGUACUUCAACUGGCACUACAGCAUCAACGUGCUCGCGCCGCUGCUGCUCACGCAGGCCUGCGCGGAGUUCCUCCCGACGGACCGCUCCGGCCGCGUCGUCAACAUCUCCUCCGUCUCGUCGAGUAUCGGGUUCACGGGCCAGACGGUCUACGGCGGGACCAAGGCGGCGCUCGAGGCGAUGACGCGCACCUGGGCGCGCGAACUGGCCGACCGGGCGACGGUCAACGCGGUGAACCCGGGCCCCGUGAUCGGGGACAUGUAUUUUGCGACCGGGGAGGACUUUUGGAACCAGAUGCAGGGGUUCCAGGAUGCGACGCCGCUGAGCAAGUUGGUCGAGGACGAUCCGCAGCUGAAGUCGUUGAGCGAGGAGCAGAUCCGCUUGAUCAGGGAGAAGAUGGGCGGGAGGCGGCCGGCGUUCACCAGUGAAAUUGCGGGGGUGGUGGGGAUGCUCUGUACGGCGGAUGGCUUGUGGUGUACGGGCAGCGUGGUGUGUGCCAAUGGUGGGAUGAGAAUGGGAUUUUAG